GCUUGAAAUCUCUGGGUUUUGCUGCGCUGGAGGUUCUUGCUGGCCAUGGUUUGUCCAGGCAUGCUGAGGCGCAAUCUCUGAGCUUUAUGAAGAUCGCCACUCACCUGCGCCGGUGCUGCUUCCUCCAGUCCUUCUCCGUCGUCUUCCUCUACUACUUUUAUGUGAUUUCAUAAUUGGCCCUCUCAAAUCCGCCGUUGCUAGCAGUAAACUAUUUUCUUUCUCUUCUUCUUCUUCUUCUCGCUUCCUUUUCCUGCUUCAACAAGUGAUAAAUAAGAACGGUAGCAGCAUCAUCAUCAUCAGCAGUAGUAGCCAAGCAGUAGUAAUUUCGGUGCCAAGAUGUCGUCGUCGUCGCUGUCGCCGGGAGGCGGGAGGCUGUCGGGCUCGGACGGCGACUCGGGGGCGACGUUCGCGGCCGGGGACAACCGGCGGGAGAAGAGGCGGCUGUCGAACCGGGAGUCGGCGCGGCGGUCGCGGCUGCGGAAGCAGCAGCACCUGGACGAGCUGGUGCAGGAGGUGGCGCGCCUCAAGGCCGAGAACGCGCGCGUGCUGGCGCGCGCCAACGACAUCACCGGCCAGUUCGUGCGCGUGGACCAGGAGAACACCGUGCUCCGGGCGCGCGCCGCCGAGCUCGGCGACCGGCUGCGCUCCGUCAACCAGGUGCUCCGCGUCGUGGAGGAGUUCAGCGGCGUCGCCAUGGACAUCCAGGAGGAGUGCCCGCCCGACGACCCCCUGCUACGGCCGUGGCAGAUCCCAUACCCUGCCAACGCCAUGCCCAUCGCCGCCACCGCCACGCACAUGCUCCAGUACUGAUCGAUCCGGUGAUGAUUGGGUCAAUAAUUGAGGAUCCCCUGUAGGAGAUGAGCUGUGGCUGGCAAGAGGAAGAAGAUCUACCCUACUUGGCUGCUGCCUUGAGGAUUAUUACCAAGGCGUAGUUUGCUGCUAUAUGUUGUGUUUAUUUAUUAGUAUGUUUCAGUAAGUGUCCGUCGUCGUCCUCCUCCUCCUCCAUGUCCUAUGUAAUGUAACAGUAAUAAGGGUUAUGUAUGGUUGUGUUCUAUGUAUCGUGAAUUUGUGAUAAUUUAAUGUUAUUACUAUGUCAUGUUAUUAUGUUU